AUGGUGGAGCGCCAUGGCCCGGCGUCCCGGAGUGGGCACACGAUGGUCUGGGAUUCAGGCGCUGAUGGUGCUGGUGAAGGCUUCUUGAUGUACGGUGGGCUGUUGGACAGCGCCAUGUCUGGCGACCUGUACUUCUUCGGCGUCACCUCGAACCUGUGGACGCAGAAGUCUUCGGGCCCCGCGGCCCGAUACCGCCACUCUGCAGUGAUUGACCCCACCGCCAGGGCCAUGUACAUAUUUGCCGGCAUGAGCCUUAGCGCUGGCACGGCCAGCACCUUCGGCGACCUCCAUCGCUACGAUGUGGACCUCGACUCCUGGACCGCCCUCCAAGGGACGGCAGGGCGCUCGCGGCACACGGCAGUGUGGGACAGCAGCUCCGAUCGCAUGAUCGUGUUCGGUGGCGUGGACGGCAUGCUGAACAAGACGGGGGACGUCCUCGAGUACGACCGAUCGUCGGACUCCUGGUCCUUCCCACAGGUUGAGGGCCCAGCGGCGCGCGAUGGCCACGUGGCCGUUUGGGACGACACCACUGGCGCCAUGCUCAUGUGCUGCGGCGUCACGUCGGACUCUGGGCAGAGCUUGGGAGACCUGUGGUCCUACGACGGCACGUGGGCCCAGCUCAGUCCAUCCGGAGGCAUCACCGCCCGGAGGUACGCCUCGGCAGUCUGGGAUCCGCAGGCGCGUGCCAUGCUGGGCUUCGGGGGACGAGAGACCCCAGAGGCGGCACUCAACUCCCUGUUCCUGUACUCCACCAGCGCCAACAGCUGGAGCGAAUACACCGUGUCGGGCGCUCCUUCUUAUUUAGGCCCAGGCGCCACGGCCUGGGACCCCGUGAACAGCCACCUUUACACCUACGGCGGCUUGGAGCAGGGGCCCAAAGACUCCCUGUGGAGGUACUGCAACUUCAACCACCGCACACACAGCUACAUCCACAACUUCUUCCUCAUUGUCGGCAACUUCAUCCUCAAAGAGCACCGCAACAACGGCGACCGAAGUCUACCAUACUGCAACUUCGACCAUAAGCACAACCAGCAGCUCUUCAACCACAACUUCUUCCUCAUUUUCGGCAACUUCAUCCUCAAACAGCACUGCAACAACAUCAACCAGCAGUUCGUCAAUCACCUCACGCACAGCUACAUCGACAACGUCUUCCUCAUUCUCGGAAACUUCAUUCUCAAGGAGCAGCAGCUGGUAGCCACGCUGGGCAACAGCUCCAACUCGUCGGGUAUCCUGGGACGCGCCCUCACGCAGUCUCACUUGGCGACCAUUCAGACUCUGGCGUUGCAGCUUGGCGUUUCGGUGCGCUUCGGGCCGGACAGCCUCGCGAUCUCCGACAUGAGCCGCAACGUCACGGUGCAGAGCGCCAGUGCCAGCGUGGAGGUUCCUCCGGACGUCGUGGCCCAGGCUGCAGCAGCUGGCGGCAGCGGGCUGGUGCUGCUCAGCGUCUCGGUGGGCCUUGAAGAGCUCGGGGCUGGGCUCAACGGUUCCGAAGGAGGUGCAGGUAAUGCUUUGGUCUCGCGGCCCGUGAGCAUCACCUUCCGUGGGCCUGAUGGCCAGAGGAUUCCAAUGCCGUCGCUGGCACGGCCCAUCGAGGUUCUGAUCCUGGGAGCGACCGAAGGCUCCCGGUGUGCUUUCUGGGACGAGGACACCGGCACCUGGUCGUCGGAGGGCUUGCGUGCGGUGUCCUUCCGGGACGGGGAGUUGCUAUGCCAGACCUCCCACCUCACUGUCUUUGGGGCGGUUCUGGAGACCUUCCUCCACGUGCUCCGGUGCUCCACCGCCGCGCAGGUGUUCUCUGCCGAGGGCCUCCAGAACCUCAGCAAGGGCACCUGGCCCGGCCAUGCUGCUGCGAUCAUUACCUUCAGCGCUCUCUUCAUCUGCCUGCUGUUGCUCCUGUAUGCCCUACGGCUUGACAGAAAGCGGUCGCUGUCCAGGAAGCAGGUGAAGGCCGCUUUGCUUAUCGAGUUGGACGCGGACAAGCAGGAUGCUGCGGACGGCUAUGCGGAGGAGGAAGAAGAGGAGGUAAAGGCAGAGAAGGCUCGACAGCCCAGCGUGUGCCGUCAGGCCGCGGCGCGCUUGGCGUCUUCUUUCGCGUGGCUCCUUAGCCAGAUGUUCGACAUCCCCGACGACCUGCUGACGGAGUUGAUGAAUGCCAAGGUGGUCACGAUCAACCGCUGCAUCAGCUCUCUGCACGCCUACAAGAGCCACGCCGACCGUCAGAGCAUCCGUGCAGCGGAGAGGCUGGUGGGCCACGCGCGCCUGCAGCACUCAACCACAGCCAGCAUGUCGGUGACCAUCGAGGACUUCGUGCGGAUGGACCAGACCACGGACUACAGGAGAAGCAAGUCCUUGGUUGCGAAGAACUUUUUGAACAGCUUCUGGUGCAAGCGCGUGGUUCUCCUGAUGUGGGCCAUGCAUCCCUGGAUCACCAUGCAGUUCGUGAGCUUGUUCAGAUCCCACGUCGUCCGAGCCUCCCUGAUCAUUCUGAAGCUGGUGUCUGCCGCUUGCGCCAACGCGCUCUUCUUCACCAGCUCGGCGGUUGCGGCCGACGCGGACAUGAACUGUGCGCCGCUAGAGACCACCGGCGAGCGCCUGCUGCGCGCAGCCAUCGUUGGCAUCCUCUCCGCUUGCAUGGGCGACCUGCUCAUCGUGCUGCUGGCCAUGGUGCAGCGGCGGCAGGUCCUGAUCCGGCGAUGGACGGAAGAGGCCAAAGAGAGGCAGCUCAGGAGCUGGCGUCGCCGGCGUUUCAUCUUCUGGCUGAUCUGGUUUCCCAAUCUUGGCAUCUCGAUUCUGUACGUAUUCGGCUUCCUGGCCAACGUGAGCCAAGCAGAUGGGGCCAAGUGGAUCGAAAGCACCGGGAUGAGUCUGUUACAGGAUCUCGUCCUGAAGCCGCUCUGCUUGGCUCUGUUGUACGCCACGGUCGCCAGCAUGGUCCUGUGCUGCAGCCCAAGCGUCGGGGAGAAGAUCUUGAACCAGUGGGCUCUGAACGACAAAGAGUCCGAGAACGAGGACCUGCAGAACGACGGCAACCAGCUCGGGAACGAAGACUUCGAGGUUCUGGAGCGGAACCCGAGCGUUGCAGAGCAGGUUCUGGAGCAGGCGCCCCCAAUCUUCCGUGCAGUUUUGACGGGAGGUGCAGCCCACGCAGGGUCCGACUACCCGCGGUCUCAGGACAGCAGCGCAGAGGUUGCCUAUGGUGGGCACACGAUGGUCUGGGAUUCAGGUGCCGAUGGUGCCGGUGAAGGCUUCUUGAUGUUGGGCGGCGAGCUGUCGGACAGCGCCAUGUCCGGCGACCUGUACUUCUACGGCGCCACCUCGAACCAAUGGACGCUGAAGUCUUCAGGCCCCGCAGCCCGAUACCACCACUCUGCAGUGAUUGACCCCACCGCCCGGGCCAUGUACAUAUUUGCGGGCAUGAGCCUCGGCAGCGGCACAGUCAACACCUUCGGCGACCUCCAUCGCUACGACGUGGACCUUGACUCCUGGACCGAGCUCCAAGGACUCCCAGGGACGGCAGGGCGCUCGCGGCACACGGCAGUGUGGGACAGCAGCUCCGAUCGCAUGAUCGUGUUCGGUGGUGUGGACGGCAUGCAGAACAAGAUGGGGGACAUCCUCGAGUACGACCGCUCGUCGGACUCCUGGUCCUUCCCACAGGUUGAGGGCCCAGCGGCGCGCGACGGCCACGUGGCCGUUUGGGACGACGCCACUGGCGCCAUGCUCAUGUGCUGCGGCGUCACGUCGGACUCUGGGCAGAGCUUGGGAGACCUGUGGUCCUACGACGGCACGUGGGCCCAGCUCAGUCCAUCCGGAGGCAUCACCGCCCGGAGGUACGCCUCGGCCGUCUGGGAUCCGCAGGCGCGUGCCAUGCUGGGCUUCGGGGGAAGAGCGACCCCAGAGACGGCGCUCAACUCCCUGUUCCUGUAUUCCGCGAGCGCCAACAGCUGGAGCGAAUACACCGCGUCGGGCACUCCUGCUUUUUUAGGCCCAGGCGCCACCGCCUGGGACCCCGUGAACAGUCACCUUUACACCUUCGGCGGCUUGGAGCAGCAGGGCCCCAGAGACUCCCUGUGGAGGUACUGCAACUUCCAUAAACACCACCAGCAGUUCUUCAACCACCUCACACACAGCUACAUCGACAACUUCUUCCUCAUUCUCGGAAACUUCAUCCUCAAGGAGCAGUACGACACUGACUGCAAAAACAUCGACCACAAGCACGAGAGCACUGCAACAACAUCGACCGAAGUCUACCCUGCCACGAUUACUGACAAUGCGGGCCUGCUGUUGGGUGACCUCGACACCUCCGAAGGGGAGCUCGCGAGGCAGCUGGUAGCCACGCUGGGCAACAGCUCCAACUCAACGGGUAUCCUGGGAAGCACCCUCACGCAGUCGGACUUGGCGACCAUUCAGACUCUGGCCUUGCAACUUGGCGUGUCGGGUCACCAGCACAGGGACAGCCUCGCGAUCUCCGACAUGAGCCGCAACAUCACGGUGCAGAGCGCCAGUGCCAGCGUGGAGGUUCCUCCGGACGUCGUUGCCCAGGCUGCAGCAGCUGGCGGCAGCGGGCUGGUGCUGCUCAGCGUCUCGGUGGGCCUUGAAGAGCUCGGGGCUGGGCUCAACGGUUCCGAAGGAGGCGCAGGUAAUGCUUUGGUCUCGCGGCCCGUGAGCAUCACCUUCCGUGGGCCUGAUGGCCAGAGGAUUCCAAUGCCGUCGCUGGCACGGCCCAUCGAGGUUCUGAUCCUGGGAGCGACCGAAGGCUCCCGGUGUGCUUUCUGGGACGAGGAGCUCCGAAGUUUGAGUGUUGAGUUUCGGAUCUCCUGGUACGUGUUUGUCCCCUUCUUUGAACCUUCCAACAAGGACACCGGCGCUUGGUCGUCGGAGGGCUUGCGUGCGGUGUCCUUCCGGGACGGGGAGUUGCUAUGCCAGACCUCCCACCUCACCGUCUUUGGGGCGGUUCUGGAGACCUUCCUCCACGUGCUCCGGUGCUCCACCGCCGCGCAGGUGUUCUCUGCGGAGGGCCUCCAGAACCUCAGCAAGGGCACGGGGGGUGGGCACCUGGCCCGGCCAUGCUGCUGCGAUCAUUACCUUCAGCGUUGCCUUGCUGAGCAGAGGGCAGUGGGCAUGGUGAAGAAAGUGGCAGAAGCUCUUGUUGUUAGCAAGGAGAAAGUAGAUGCUGUAGUCGAGAAGCUAGUCAGUGGUCGCUGCAAGAAGCAGGUGAAGGCCGCUUUGCUUAUCGAGUUGGACGCGGACAAGCAGGAUGCUGCGGACGGCUAUGCGGAGGAGGAAGAAGAGGAGGUAAAGGCAGAGAAGGUCGCCCAUGCAAGCGGAGAGGAUGCCAACGAUGGCUGCGCGCAGCAGGCCGCCGAGCUAGUGAAGAAGAGCGCGUUGGCAGCGGCGGCAGACACCAGCUUCAGAAUGAUCAGGGAUGCUCGGACCUCGUCCGUGGUCUGGUCCAUCCGCACGAAGUCCUCGAUGGUCACCGACAUGCUGGCUGUGGUUGAGUGCUGCAGGCGCCUCGGCGAGCUGCGCGUGGCCCACCAGCCUCUCCGCUGCACGGAUGCUCUGACGGUCGGCAUGACUCUUGUAGGCGUGCAGAGAGCUGAUGCAGCGGUUGAUCGAGCCACGCGAAAGAAGACGCCAAGCGCGCCGCGGCCUGAGAACGCCGUCUGGGAGAGCUUGCUCAUCGUGCUGCUGGCCAUGGUGCAGCGGCGGCAGGUCCUGAUCCGGCGAUGGACGGAAGAGGCCAAAGAGAGGCAGCUCAGGAGCUGGCGUCGCCGGCGUUUCAUCUUCUGGCUGAUCUGGUUUCCCAAUGUUGGCCUCUCGAUUCUGUACGUACUCGGCUUCCUGGCCAACGUGAGCCAAGCAGAUGGGGCCAAGUGGAUCGAAAGCACCGGGAUGAGUCUGUUACAGGACCUCGUGCUGAAGCCGCUUUGCCUGGCUCUGUUGUACGCCACGGUCGCCAGCACGGUCCUGUGCUGCAGCCCAAGCGUCGGGGAGAAGAUCUUGAACCAGUGGGUUCGGCAAAGCGACAACGAGUCCGGGAACGAGGACCUGCAGAACGACUGCAACCAGCUCAGGAACGAAGACUUCGGGGCCCCGCCAGGGUCUCACGCUCUUCGGCCGGCUUGUGAGGAAGAUGACACACUAGAUGCAAUGUGUAUCGACUCGGUGUGA